AUGGCGCCCCGUGGAAAGAUCCGUUUGAAGCUGACGCGAACCGCCAAAUCAGAGAGCACGCCAAAGUCAUUCGCAGACCUCGAAGAUGAACCUAUGCCCGAUGCCGGAACCAGUCCCCUGGACUCCAAGCGACAGCAGGUGCCCGACCCGGAUGAUGAGAAGGACGAGGAUCACCAGCCAAAGGAAGAGUCCGGAGAUGAAGAUGAUGCCGCCGACGCGGCUGAAAAGGACGACGAAUCCGUCAAGGAACCUACGCCCCCUCCUCAACUCAUGGUCCGUCGCAAGAGGCUUGGUCGUCCUCCUAAGAACAGACCUCCAGAUUGGGACAACAUGAUUUCUGUCCCCGCCGACGAAGCCAACACCCCGCGACGCCGAGGAAGAGGUGGAUGGCGAGGCAGGGGUGGUCGUAAAGGAGGUCCUGCUGCACCCAAAGCCGAGCAAGUUAUCGACCAGGAGGGAACUGUUGCCGAGAUCGCAAACGAUGAGUGCGUCUUGCCCGAAGAUCCAGAGGGUGAGACCAAGGUGGACAAGUUGGGCAACCUCCAAGGCGGACGUGACUAUCGAUGCCGAACUUUCACGGUUACCGGUCGUGGGGACAGGCUUUACAUGCUUUCUACAGAACCAGCUCGAUGCAUUAUUGUGGAUGACGAUGAGAAGCGGGACAUGAUUGAGCGAGAUAUCAUCCCUCACUCGUACAAGGGUCGUUCCAUAGGAAUCGUGACAGCGCGAUCGGUCUUUCGCGAGUUUGGUGCUCGCAUCAUCGUGGGUGGAAAGCGCAUCAUCGACGACUACAACGUUGCCCAGGCUCGCGCCGAUGGCGUCGUUGAGGGCCAGCUUGCGGACCCAGAUGAUCAUUUCGUCGAAGGAGAGCCGUACAACAAGAACCAGUACGUUGCGUGGCACGGAGCCAGUGCCGUGUACCACACGAAUGUACCAUCAGUGCCUGUUCCCAAUGGCAAGAUCGAGUCAAAGAAACGCAAGGUAAAUGUCAACGACAUGAAUUGGAUGCUGGAACAUGCCCGUGAAGCCAGCACAUUCAAUGCCGGCAUCAAUGCCAUCAGAAAGCUCAACAAUGCCGGUGUAUACGACAUUCACACGAAUGUGAUGCAGUACCCAACAACAAUGCAGCCGACACGGGCACGCAUUGAGCAAGUCGCCCCAGAGGAUGAGCAGGCCGCCGCAGACAGCGCCAUCUUCCCCCCCCUCCCUACAAAGAUGGCGCGCAACUUCUUCGUUGCAGACACAUACUUUGAGACAUCAUCGGCGGGCGUCAUUUCGGCGUCUGCAGUGGGCGGUACCGCAGGUUCACCAGACUUCCUUGCUUCUUUCCAGGGAUUAAGUGCUGUAUCAGAUGAGAUCAAAGACCUGUUACCCCCGGAUUGCCGUGCGGCUUUCGAUGGCGCCGUGGCAAAGGAAGCAUCGUAUCGGUCAAAAUGGGGCCCUGAGAGCGAAACAAUGUCGCGCCGUCAGCCCAUUAUCGACAAGGCAAUUGUGCCCUACAGCAUGAGUUGA